CUACAGCAAGCGUUAUCAAACCCGGAAAUAAAGUGCGCGCGUAAGGGGUGGGCCAACCGGGGCAAACGCAAGAAGAGAUUAAAAAAAAGUUCGCUUGUAAAGUGCGAAACAAGUUUUAGUACCCCAAGGGAGACCUGCAAGGACAUGUUGUUUGAUGCGUUCAAAUACAGUUCGAUAUAUAAUCCUAUGAAUCUAUGGAUUUAUGGAUGGAAAGAAACGCACGUGAUGGAACACAAAUUGCAAAACCGUCUGACUGAUAUUUAUACCGAAACCAUCCUAUGGAUACGACUGGUUUAAUUCAUCGUUACUAAUUGAUUCCUGAUGUUCUUCACACCACUGGUCUCACGGCGUUGGACGUAUAAAGCAUAAAGGAAGCCUCUUCUAUCUCUUUGGAAACACCGCAUGGUAUAAGGAAUUAAAAGAAUUGUUGGAAUAAACAGUGUCUUUAUUUCUACUUUUCCAAAAAUGACUAUCAAACUGGACUUCGAAGAAUGUCUGAAAGACUCCCCACGAUUCAGGGCAGAAAUCGAGAAGGUGGAGGUAAAUGUUAGUGAAUUGGAGACAAGGCUUGAGAAGUUGGUGAAACAGUGCCACACUAUGCUGGAGACAGGUCGUGUGUAUUGCCUGAACAGUAAGAGUUUUGUCAAUGGCCUCAAAGAGCUGGGACACCACUGUUCUGAGGACAAAGCUAUGGGGGAGUGUUUAGAGAAGUUUUCUAAAAAACUUUCUGACAUCCUCAGCGCUCAAGAGGAGGUGAUUGAAACCACACAGAAGUCUGUGAAGUCGAAACUACAGAAUUUUGUGAAAGAGGAUGUAAAGCGUUUUAAGGAUGUACGCAAGGAGUUUGAGCGCAGCAGUGAGAACCUGGAGGCAGCACAUAGCAGGAAUGCCCAGGCACCUCGAGGGAAACAGCAUGAGGUGGAAGAAGCCAGUAAUAACCUGCUAAAUGCACGGAGAGCCUUCAGAUCAGGGGCACUGGACUACGUGCUGCAGAUUAAUGUCAUUGAGUCCAAGAAGAAGACUGAAAUUCUAAUGGCGAUGCUUUCUCUUAUGGAGGCCCAGACGCUGUUCUUCCGACAGGGUUACCAGUCACUCACAGAACUGGAAAACUACCGCAAGCAACUGAGUGACGAGUACACUCAACUGGUCCUUAAUUCUGCAAGAGAGAAAAGGGACAUGGAGCAGAGACAUGCUGCUGUCAAGAAAAAUGAUGUGUCAUAUGAUGACUCCAUUUUGGACUUCAGCCCAGAUGCACCCAAUGGCAUCGCAAUGGAAGGCUACCUGUACAAGAGAGCCAGCAAUGCUUUUAAAACAUGGAGCAGGCGCUGGUUCUCUAUUCAGAAAAACCAGUUGGUUUACCAAAAGAAACACAAUGAGCAGCUCACUGUUGUUGUGGAGGACCUGCGUUUAUGCACAGUGAAGCCCUAUGCUGAACAAGAGAGACGAUUCUGCUUUGAGGUUGUCUCUCCAUCUAAGAGCUGUCUGUUACAGGCUGAUUCAGAACGACAGCAGCAAGGCUGGAUCAGCGCUGUCCAAAACAGCAUCGCCUCAGCAUUCCAAGAGAGAAGAGAUGACACACUUAGUUCUAGAGAUCGCUGUAGUUCAGUGUCUGCGGGAAGUGUGCGUUUGAGUGGAAGUGGAGGGGAACCAGAAUCUUUUCAUCGGGAUGCCCUGGAAGAGGUGCAGGCCAUCCUGGGAAAUGGGCAGUGCUGUGACUGUGGGGAGCCUGGACCCGACUGGGCCUCCAUUAAUCUGGGUAUCACACUGUGCAUAACCUGUUCUGGUAUACACAGGAGUUUAGGUGUCCACUUCUCAAAGGUACGAUCACUUACGCUGGACUCCUGGGAACCAGAGCUCGUCAGACUAAUGUGCGAGUUGGGAAAUACAGCCAUUAACAAGAUCUAUGAGGCACGCAUUGAUGAGAUCACCAUUAAGAAGCCACACCCCUCUAAUCCGAGGCAAGAUAAGGAAUCAUGGAUUCGCUCAAAAUACGUAGAGAAGAAAUUCAUCCACAAGCUCCCAGAGACCGGUCGAGGUCCGCUCCUGCGACGCUCUAGUGCCCGACGUAACCGAUCAACCACACAGGACAAACAGGGCACUCGCCCACCCCUCAAGCCCAAACCCAAUCGAGCCACCCUACCACGACUCACUGGGCUGACCCCAAGUGACAUAAUGAAGAACAAUUCCAGCUCUCACAAAGAAAAUGAUGAAGAGGAUGAUCUAAGUGGUCUUCAUCCUGGGGCUUUGUUGUAUCGAUCUGCGGCGAUGCAGCACUUCCCUCUCAUGGCAGAUGCUCUGGCUCACGGUGCCGAUGUCAACUGGGUUAACGUGGCUGAAGACAGCAGAACUCCACUAAUACAAGCCGUUAUGGCUAAUUCAUUGGCAGCCUGUGAGUUCCUUCUGCAGAACGGGGCUAAUGUGAACCUGGUGGACUCAGAUGGGAGGGGGCCACUACACCAUGCUACUGUACUAGGACAUACAGGGUUGGUGUGUCUAUUUCUGAAGAGAGGAGCAGACUACAAUGCAAAAGACAUUGAAGAAAAAGACCCAAUAAGCAUAGCCAUAGAUAACGCCAAUGCAGACAUUGUCACGCUACUCCGGAUAGCCAAGAUGGACAGGGAGAUGCGGGAGAUGGAUGGCACUCCAUCAGGUGAUGAUACUUAUCACGACAUCUUCAGGGAUUUCUCACAAAUGGCUUCCAACAACCCAGAGAAGCUUAAACGGCGUAGCGCUGACAUCAAAUAAACCACCUGACCACUAGAUGUCAAUGUUACUCCAACACACACAUGCACACGCAAUCAUUCACCCUCCAGACCACAUUCUAAUGCUUUUUUUUUUUUUUUUGCUGAAUCAUCACCCAGCAGGCCAUGGCACAACAGUAAACAGUAACCUCCUAAGAAAUGCUGCUUCAUUUUGUUUAUAUACCAUCCGUGAGCAUAAAUUCCCAUUAAUGUGGUCUGAAAAGUCUGGGUUUUGUCAUAUUUAUCCCAGUUUAGGCCUUAAGAUUUCAUAAAUACUGUUUGCAUGGCAUGUAGUAAACUACUAUUUACAUUUUUUUGUCACCGAUUGACCUGUACCCAUUUAAUUUAUCAUUGGACAAUACUAAUCAGUUCCAUGUAUUAAAAGCAAUUCUUAUUGAGCAAGUUUACAUUCUGAAUGCUGUGAAAGCAACAAAGAGAAUAUUUGCACUAGAUAGUGGUGGAGAAGAUGCUAGGCCUCAUUUUGCAUAUUGAUGGCAGUGAAUUUAGCUCAUAUAUUUUCUAUGGACAAAAGUUGCUUUUCUUCUUUGUAUUCACUCUUUUGAGAGUCACGGUUAAUGCAACUUGAAUGCAAAAUAUUUUGGGGGGUCAUUCUUUAGCUGGUUCCCCUAUAUAAUUGUAUUUGGUGUUUUUUUUUCUCUUUAAGACCUAAACAUUUGAAAAAUUGUUAUUUGCCGUGCUUUAAGAGAAUAUGUUGCUAAAUAAAUAAAUGAUACACAUCUCUUGUUAUUUUUAUUUGUGAGGGUAUUU